UUCUCAGUGCUAAUUCAGUGUAUCACAUGAAGUUGAUUAAAAAAUCAUUCAUCAAUUCUUCUAUGAAUGCUUCAAAUGAAAUUUCUGUUAAAUUUCUGUCGGGUUGAACAAACUUACAUUAUUAAAUGAAAACGAAAUUGUUUAUAAAAUAAUUUGAACGUAGAUUCGAAUAUUCUAGCCGGAAGUGCGAGUACGGGGCUACCCCAGCAAGAGAUUUGAACGCGAAGUUAAGCGGGAAUCUUACCCGUCGCCGUGUCGUCUAUCCGAGACUUCUUAAGAAUUUGAAACAACCGAAGGAGAUUUAAAUAUAAAACCUCGAACAAUAAAUUUGCAUAACAGAUUUUUAUAAAUAUACAAAUUCGUUCAGACGGAUUGCCAGAUACAAUUUACAUCAAAUCGUGAAUCUGAGAAGUUCCUAAUUUCUUCCAACUUCCACGUUUCAUGAAAUUAAUCCUGUUUUAUUCGGAUGAUCAGUCACAGUCGACCGCAAUUGAACGAUGAUUAUAGCCGACUCAUUAUCUCUAACGACGCACGACGCGUUCCAAUCACCGCGAUAUGCGAUUGAUUAGGCAUCGGUCGUCUGCCGAGGGAUCCGAUAUCUGGAGAUACCUUUGGGCGUCGGUGAUCACGGCGGCGGGUGGCAUCCGCGGACGGUAGAGUCUCGGGCGGUGUUCGUGUUUGUUCUUAGAGAGCAAGGAGGCAGGUAGAAGAAACGAAGAUUAUAGUGUCCGUUGAACUGUGAACAGUGACGUUCGAGACACGAAGAAAUUGUGCUGUGUCGUCGUUCUGUCGCAAGACACCAAAUUCAUUAGGAGAUACUUUGAGAAAGUGCAGUUGACAUUUUAAUUAAGCCAGUGUCUUCAAGAUUUUCACUUUCGUUUCGAUCUGAAUCAAGAAUUUGAUCAGACGCACAGGAGACCACCGCGUAGCGUCGGGCAGCGAUGCCAAGUUUGAGAGCGUGACCCCCGGUGAAACAGUCAAAGAAUCCUCGACCGGGGGACACGUGAGAAUAGGUAAAAGCGGUGAACCGAAUGGAAGGAUGUAUCAUCCGGCGUUCUGACUGCCUAUGGAUAUAUUCGGCCGUUGCAACGGCGGCGGUGGCGGAACCACGGUAUCCGGUAACGGCGGCGGAGGAGGAGCUGCCUCGGUGAGGGCUUCCAACAACAACGAGUCCAGCUGUGGAACGACCGGGACUGGUACAAGCGAGAGCGCCGGAACCAACGACAGGAUGCAGUUGACAGGAGCCUCGGCUCCUGGCGCUGCCGCCUCGCCGGAGUCGGGCGUAUCUCCUUUGACCGAUGCCUACACAAAGAUGACCAGCGACAUCCUCGCCGAGAGGACGCUGGGCGACUUCGUUAGCGAGCAUCCGGGAGAACUCGUACGAACAGGAUCACCACACCUAGUGUGCAGCGUCUUGCCAGCUCACUGGAGGUCGAACAAGACCUUGCCUGUCGCGUUCAAGGUGGUGGCCCUCGGGGAAGUCGGCGACGGCACUUUGGUCACCGUUCGUGCUGGUAACGACGAGAACUGUUGUGCUGAGCUGAGGAACUCGACCGCCCUUAUGAAGAACCAGGUGGCCAAGUUCAACGAUCUUAGGUUCGUCGGCCGAAGUGGUAGAGGGAAGAGCUUCACGUUGACGAUCACCGUGUCGACGACGCCGCCGCAGGUCGCGACCUACACCAAGGCUAUCAAAGUGACCGUCGACGGGCCGCGGGAACCGCGAUCCAAGACCAGUGAGUAUCACUUGUUGUCUCUUUUAGGGCAGCAGCAGCAGUUCCACGCGUUCGCGUUCGCAUCCCAAAGGGGUGGCCCAUUCUUCGCGUCGCCCUUAGUGGACCCCCUGCAGCCGUUGCCGAAUCCGCUUCAACCUUUGCCGAACCCGUUGCAACCGCGGGACCCGUUGUCCUCCUUCAGGCACGCAAUGCCCGGCAACUGUCAAAACAUGUCCCAGUUCGGUUUGACCGCGAGCAACUCGUGGGGAUACGGGAGCACGGCCGGUUACGCUGGUUACCUGCCCGGACCCUUGUCGUCGUGCGCGGCACAGGCCACCUUUCCACCCCCUCCGCCGCCUCCACCGCCGCCACCUCCGCCGACCUCGUCGUUGGCGUCGUUCGCGGGCACCGCGUCCAUGAACACGCCGACGGCGCCCGACUCCACCGCGGGAUCCACCGUCACCACCGCUGGUACCGGUGCUGCGGCCGCCGCACAGCCGGACGCCUUCUCCGCUGUCUCAUCUUUGGUGCCGGACUCGACGACGACGGGUCAGUCGGACCCCCUGGACCCCCUCGGCAGUCUGAUGACCGGAACGCCUAGCCAGAGGUACCAGGAGUACGUGUCGCCAAGGUCUCUGUCGACGGACUCGAGCACCACGGAGAGUCCAGUGCACGAGGAGCAAGGGUUCGGGCAGAACUACGGCAACUACUUCCCAACUCCAGGCGUCCUGCCGAGCAUCCUCUAUUCCCAGUUGUACGGGAACCAGUUCCAGAACUCGGAGAGUCCCGAGCAGAGAGCGGUGGCCGACAGCUGCAGCGUGAGACAGGAGGAGGUCAGACCGGACAACAACGUCUGGAGGCCGUACUAAGGAAGAUAGUGUGAAGGACAGUUGAGAAGUCGUGCGAGGCCUCAAUGAUUUGUAGCAAUUUACGUGGACGAUGAGUAUAUCGAGACGAGCAAACUGUGAUCGGUGGAGGAGACAAGGUGUUUAUUUGGGGCUCGAACAGCCGGAAACUGGCUACUAGUGGGCAUUAAAAAUGAAAACAGUCCUGUGCGUGUUCGAGGCGAACAUCGGACAGACGAGUUCUCCCUCUUUCCUUGAUACGAUUUUUAGUUACUUUUCAUUUCACUGGUUGUGUGUCAACGAAUCUCUGCGGAGGAUUGAUUUGUAAUAUGUUUGACGGAUGGGAAGAAGGACUUAGCCGAGUGAGCGAGUGGAGGUGAUGCCGCUGCUGGCUACCCGUGGUGAUGGUGACGAUGAUCAUGAUGUAUGUAUAUAGAACGUUGUAUAUAGAUAGAAACAUUGUCGUUUCAUCGAGUCAUUCAUCACUGUCGACGGUCUGCGCGUUGCAUGGGGUUCCUGGUCGAAUCUUUGAACACUUGAUCGUACAAUCUACUGGUCUUGGUUUCAUUAUAUUACUGAUGGAUUUCAUUCUCGUGCAAUUUUCAAAUCAGUAUUAAUUUUAACUGCAAUUGUCAGGUUUACGAUUUACAGUUUUAUUUAAAAUUAAUACAUUGAAAUCCAUAAUUUACUUUUUAAAGAGUUUAUCAGAUUUAAAUCAUGUGGCAUCUCAUCUCCAAGACGACUGAGUGCCAUUCUGAAGCUCGACUUUUAUUUAAAGUUACUAAAUCAAAAUUCACUUUUGAUUUUUGAAGAUUCUAUGGAAUUUUUUAAAUCAUGUAGCAUCUCGUUUCCAAAACGAAUAGCUCUCGUUCUGAAAUUCGACCGGGCGAUCAACCCAGUUUUGAUUCCUCUCACUUAAGUUUCAAAUACUAUAAUAACGAUUCGAUCGAAUUGAUUGCGGGCUCGUGUGCAAUAUUGCCAAUUGUGAUUCAUAAUCGACUAAGAUAAAUUGAAUAGAAUUUGCCAGGUCGAGACGAUGAAAAAUAGAAUCGAAUUAUGCGGAAAGCUUCUCGCGAGGAAAUCAAACAAGGCUCGUCGCUUUCACAUCGAAGUUAAUCGAUUAAGUAUCGGUGACGAUUUUAUCUGUUCCUUUUUUUCUUCCAUUUCUUCACACCGACGACGGCUAACACUGUUCACUGUGCGCCAAACCCCUUUUAAAAAAGGAUGAUUUCAGAUAUACAUAUCUACCGACCUAUUGUUAUCGUAGUUUUUGACCGAGUCGAAAUAAAAAGUGUAUUUCAAAAUA